AAAGAUUGUCAGGGAAGUAUUCUUCGCUACUUUCAAUAAGACAAGCAUUCAUAAGGUGUGUUCAAGCUUGAUUGGAAAGUUGGACUCUCCAGAAUCAUUUCUUGAAGCAUUAUCAAAGCAAAUGACCACUGAUAAUAUAAAUAUGGUAUUUUCCACCACCAAACAUCAAAGUGAUUCACCAAUGUGGUUUGAGUUGAGGUACGGCAGAAUUACUGGCUCAACUCUUUAUGAAGCCGCUCACUGUAGAACUAUAAAUGGUUCCCUUCUGAACGCAAUUAUGGGAGAACAUUCAAAAUUUACUUCCAUUGCGAUGAGUAGAGGGAAAAUACUAGAAAAAAAAGUUCUCAAAGUAGUAAGCAAGAAAGAAAAGAUUGAAAUUGAAGAAGCUGGAUUACUUCUUAAUGCCGAGUAUCCUAUUUUUGGAGCAACACCUGACGGGCUUACUGAAAAUUAUACAAUAGAAGUCAAAUAUCCUUCAACCGAAGCUGCCAUACUUUCCUAUGUGAAAUACAAUAAAAUAACAACAAAAUGUUGUGUGCCAUAUGAUAACAGCAUUGUAUCUGUAAUGAAUAUUGCAAAGAAAUUCUGGAUAGAUGCUGUAUUUCCGAAAUUAAAAGAUAUAUAUAAUAUAUAAGCACAUUUUUUUGUUUUUCAAAUAUUUCAUAAAUUUAUUAAAUAAAACUAUGCUUCGAAAAUAUUGUUUUUUAUUCAAUUUUAAUUAAAGGUGAUUAACAAGUGCACAACAAAUGAUUAUACUAUAGUCUAUUUGGGGUAUGAGAAAAUGAUCUACACAGGCAUUUAGAAACUUUGUUAAAGUAGAUGGACACAUAGGCACAAAACAUGAAUCAACACGACUUUUUAUCCGAAUUUUUUCGGUAUUAUGUCUUGUGAUCACUUGAUGUGGAUGGAUAUUCCAUUUUAAAUUAUUACAAAAAACUUAGUGGAAAGUCGAGAAAAUUUGCAAUUUAUGAUAAUCAACCAGUGUUUCCACUAUAAAAAUUUUCUUUCCCCAUGCCUCAAUUCCGAUUUCCCCUUUUCAGAACUUUUUUCCCCUCAAAAAUUAUUUUGCUGUAGUUUUGGCACUUUUGUUGUAACUAAAAGUUUAAUUUUUAAAUAUAUUUUUUUUAUAAAUAUAUACGGGACAAAUUACACUGAUUGAGUUAGCCUCGAAGUAAGUUCGAGACUGUGUUACGAGAUACUAACUCAACGAUACUUUGUAUAUUUUAUAAUAAAUACUUAUAUAGAUAAACAUCCAAGACCCAAACCAAUCAGAAAAAGUUCUUUUCUCAUCAUGCCCUGACCGGGAUUCGAACCCGGGACCUCUGGUGUCACAGACAAGCGUACUACCGCUGCGCCAAAGAGGCCGUCGAUAUAAUUUUAUAUAUAAUAAAAAUUAAUAUAUGAUUACCUAAAAUUUCCCCUUUUUCUUCCCCUCUGGACCCUGAUUACCCCUUAAAAGGGGAAUUUCCCCUCAUUGUGGAAACACUGUAAUCAACGAAGGCAAGCACGACCAGUGUCAGACACGUGUGACGUCAUUGGAAGUGUAGGUCCGUUUUGGCGCGAAAAUUUAAACGAUCAGUUUAAAGCCGCAUUUUUUUACGAUAAAUUAGAUUGUUUUAAUUUUUUUAAUAUGUUAAGACCUAUUUUACAUGGAAUUCUUUAAAAUGAAAUCAAAACUAAAAUUAUUGCAUGUUCC